AGAAAAUUCGUCCCAUUAAAGGUUAGCUGAACAAACCCAAAUUUCCAGCCGACCCUUUGGCUCACAGGAUCACUGUUACUUGAAUAAAAUCGCGCUCAGUUGCCUACCGCCCCUUAUAUCGCCUCACUUACACACGCUUUUCGCAUUUCCCAUUAAUAUAUAUAUCUUGGGCGAAAAAAGGCAAAAGAAGAAAAAGAAAAUCUCUGCAAAUUUGAUGGGAGUGUAAUCUUAUACAGAUAGAUCUAUCUACCUCCAUCCACCUCCAUCCCCUGUCUAUACAUACAAUCCUCUGUGCGUAUCUACGUCUACAUUGAGACACCAUCUCAAUUAUUAUAUUUUAAGAAGCAUUAUUUGGAGAUUUUUAAUUUUUCCUCUCAGACAUCGUUUAAGGUGCCGAAAAACAAUUAAUAAAUGUGAAGAGUGGUGUGUGUUGGGCCGGGGCUGGCAGGUCUGUACAGAGAGAGAGGGGGAAAGUCUGUGCAGAGAGAGAGGGGGAGAGAGAGAGUCUCUGCAACCUGUCACCAGUGCAUGCUCUUGCUUUUCCCUUCAUCUUCAUUCUCAUCCUCAUUCAUUUCUUUAACCUUUUUUUACCCAUAUUUUCAACCCAGACUAGAUCUGUAAUUAUUUUCUAUCCCACAAACAGCUGCUUAGAGAGGGGGAAGAUUUUGUGCUUACAGAGUGUGAGAUUCAAUCAUUUCUCAUCUUUUUCCCUCAAUUUCCGGCCCCCAAAUCUGGGAAUUGCGAGCUGAUUGAGAAAUAAAAAUGAAAUUCGCCCAGAAUAAUCCUGAGAAGUUCCUGUGGGACUCGAUGAAGAGCCCCUCUGGGGCAUCCAUGGCGGCCACCCAAGCUAAAGCCCUGCCGAGGCUAAUGGUGUGGCUCAUCCUCUUCGUCUCGGCCACCUACGUGGUCUACACGCUGAAGCUGGUCUCCUCCUCCCACUCCUCCUGCGCCGAAGACAACAUCAGUCCUUUCACCCACCACCAGAAAUCGGUCCACAUCACCGACCAGCUGCUGAACGACACCGUUUCGUCGUCCUCCGUGAACGUCCAAGCAGAUCCCCAGCCUCACAAUUCCUUAAUCCAGCACGAAUCGCCAGACAGAACUGGUCUAGAGCACAUCGUGUUCGGCAUAGCCGCCUCCGCGAAGCUGUGGAGCAAGCGGAAGGAGUACAUCAAGCUAUGGUGGCAGCCGGAGAAGAAAAUGCGGGGUACCGUCUGGCUCGACAGCCCCGUCAAGACCUACAGGAACGAGAGCUCGACCUUGCCUGAGCUGAGAAUCUCGGCCGACACCAAGCGAUUCGCGUACAAGAACAAGCAGGGUCACCGGUCGGCCAUCCGCAUAUCGAGGAUCGUCUCCGAGACCCUGCGGCUGGGCGAUUUGGACAAUGUGCGGUGGUUCGUGAUGGGGGAUGAUGAUACCGUGUUUGUGACCGACAAUUUGGUUAGAAUCUUGAAUAAGUACGACCACACGCAGUAUUAUUACAUAGGGAGCUUGAGCGAGAGCCAUCUGCAGAACAUAUACUUUUCAUACGGGAUGGCAUAUGGUGGUGGGGGUUUUGCGAUAAGCUACCCGCUGGCUAAGGCGCUCGAGAGGAUGCAGGACAGGUGUAUACAGAGGUACCCUGGCCUCUACGGCUCGGAUGACCGGAUGCAGGCUUGUAUGGCCGAACUCGGUGUGCCACUCACCAAGGAACUCGGUUUUCACCAGUACGAUGUUUACGGCAACUUAUUCGGCCUCCUCGCGGCCCACCCAGUUACCCCUUUAGUAUCCCUUCACCACCUCGAUGUUGUCGAGCCCAUUUUCCCAAACGUAACCCGUUUGCAGGCCCUCAACCGCCUCAAAAUCCCAAUGGGCCUCGACUCGGCGGGCCUAAUGCAGCAGUCCAUAUGCUACGACAAGAACAACGAGUGGACUAUAUCCGUCUCGUGGGGUUUUGCAGUCCAGAUAUUCCGGGGGGUUUUGUCCCCCCGUGAGAUGGAGAUGCCUUCUAGAACAUUCUUGAACUGGUACAGGCGGGCAGAUUACACGGCGUAUGCUUUCAACACGAGGCCGGUUAUGAGGAACCCAUGCCAGAAGCCGUUUGUUUUCUACAUGUCGGGGGCAAAAAUGGAAUCGGGCACAAACAGGACGGUGAGUGAGUAUAUUCGUCAUCGGGUCCCGCAUCCACUUUGUAAGUGGAAGACGGUCGACCCGAAUGUGGUGGAGCGGGUCAAGGUUUACAAGAAGCCUGACCCGGAACUGUGGGAUAGGUCACCGAGAAGAAAUUGUUGCCGGGUUCUAAGCUUGAACAAGAAAAAUAUGGUGAUAGAUGUGGGUGUAUGCAGGGAAGGUGAGAUUAGUGAAGUAUAGUAUCCAACUCUUUGAUCUGUUGAAGAAAAAAA